AUGAUAGCAGCCAUCGCGCGGUUUUCACCCCUGGUGAGACCGCUGCAGCCUUGGCACGUCAUCGCCGCCGUGAUAUUCAUCUCCAUAGCGAUCCUCGUUUCCGCAACCCUGUUGAGCAUUGCUUUCGGCAUUCAAUACCCCUCGAACGUGCCGCGCAUCAGAGAAAAGCCCGGCGCCGGCCACUUCAGCCUGAGAACCAGAUUAGCUUACUACAUUGACUGCGAGGCCCUCUUCCGCGAGGCCUACGAAAAGUAUGGCAAGUUUGGGAGGACUGUCCUUGUUCCCGGGCUCGGCCUCCGCACCGAGGUCAUCUUGCCACCGAGUGCUCUGCGCUGGAUGUUAUCUCUCCAGGACAGCAGCAUCAGCUCAAGCCAUGCGUUCGUCGAGUUGGAUCAGCUCACGUACACGCUGGGCGAAGACCGCCUGUUGAUUGAUAGCUGGAACGCCCUGAUUGUGAAGCGCGACAUGAACGCCGUGCUGGAGAAGGUUGCGGCUGUGCUGAAUGACGAACUUCGCGUCGCGUUCGAUGAACAAUUUGGCACAGACACGGAAACCUGGCGCGAGGUGGAUCUGAACAAGGUUAUGCCUCUCAUCAUUUCGCAGGCUGCUGGCCGAUACACCAUGGGCCUACCUCUAUGCAGAGACGAGGAGUAUCGGCAGAGUACGAUUGACGUGUCCAACUUUUUCUUGACAAUGGCCGCCGUCAUGGGCAUGGUGCCCGUCUUUCUCAAGCCGAUCCUCGGGCCUCUUGCCGCCCUGCCGAUGAAUGCAGCACUCCGCAAGUUCCACAACCUAGUGCGACCGGAGUUUAAUAAGCGCAUGGACAUGAUUCAGGCUGCCGAGAAAGGAGAGCCCGUCGACGAGCCCGAGGACCUGUUGCAAAUGGCCAUACGCUACGGCCUGGCGCACCGCAGCCACGAGUUUAGUUUUCUCGAAAUCAGCAAGCGCAUGACCAUCACGAACAUGGGCACCACGCACCAGACCAACAUGACCAUGAUCAACAUGAUGCUCGAAAUCAUCGACUCGGACGCCGAGUUCAAUACCAUUGCCGUGCUGCGGGACGAGAUGCGCAACGUCCUCGGCGACGGGCAGGAUAUCAAAUGGACCAAGGCUAAGAUCGCCCAGAUGGUCAAGGCGGACAGCGUCGGGCGCGAGACGUUGCGCAAGACGUCUUUUGGUAACCGCGCCAUGCUACGCAUGGUCAUUGCCGACUCGCUCGAGACGCCGGACGGCGUCGUGCUGCCGAAGGGGAGCAUGCUGUCGGUGCUGACGCCACCGCAGCACUUUGACGAGGCGACGCAUGAGGACGCGGGCAAGUUUGAUCCGUUCCGCUUCUCGCGUGCGCGCGAGGGCGAGGCGACAAAGAGCGGAGCUCUCGGGUUCACGUCCACAGGAGCGCACUUUUUGCCGUUCGGGCACGGUAGGCAUGCGUGUCCCGGCCGUUUCCUCGUCGAUUACGAGAUGAAGAUGAUCAUGACGUAUAUUCUGCAGAACUACGAUAUCGAGUUCCCGGAGGAAUACCGGGGGCGGCGGCCGCAACAGAAGUGGCAGGCCGAGGCCCGCUUGACUCCAUCUGACGGAGCCCGUAUUCGGGUGAAGAGGCGGAGGGUGGCUCCAUAG